AUGAUUACAAUCACAUUCAUGAAAUAUUUUUUCGUAACUUUAACGAUUCUGCAUUUUUUAAGUGCAGUUGUAGCGUCUUCAUCAGAUUUCAAAACUCAAGGCGAACUGGUAGACUACCUAUACAGAAAUGGUUUUAUCAAAUCAUUGGCUGUUAAGGAAGCAAUGACUCUUGUUGACCGUAGAAUUUUCGUUAAGAAUAAUCCAUACGAAGACAGUGCACAAGCAGUCGAAUAUGAUGCUACUGCCGCUGCGCCUCGAGUGCAUGCACGUAUUCUUGAAGGUCUUAAAGAUCACAUGACAGAGGGUGCAAACGUCUCGUGUGUUUUGUGCGACAGUGGAUACAUAUUAGCAUGUAUGUCACUUUUUGUUACUGUUCGAGGUGAAGUUAUAGGAGUUCAAAUGAAAUAUGUGUUGACCGUGUUAAAUUAUAAUAAUUUUGAAACAUGGAUUCAAAGUACUGGUAGUGUUAAAUUACUGGGUUAUCAAAAAAACAAACCAUUCCUUCUUUAUUCACGUGAUCAAACAACUGAUGAUGUGCCCGGCACAAAUAUUAGUGCUAUUUACUAUCAUGGAGAUGAUCAAAGUACUCUUGAUGUAUUAGCGACACGUUUGAGACCUGGUGGUCGUCUGAUUUAUGAAAAAAGUACUGGAAGCGGUGAUCCUGAAUUAAUGGUGGUAGAUAAAUUAUAUAACGGCUCAUUGUAUAAAAGAUCACUGACUGAUAUGAUAACGGAAUCUCCUAAAAAAGAAGUCGAAGAAGGAAAAAAGGAAGAAGCAGAAAGGGAAGAAUCGGGAGGAGUGGAGGAUUUAUUGCCGCCUUCACCUGCUCUCCCUGGAUUACCCGAUCGCGACGAACUGCUUAUCAUGUCGUCACAAACUAAGUGUAUUCCAGACGUAAAAGUAUUGCUACUGUUGGUCUGUAUUGCUGUCAUCUCAUGCAUCAUACUAUUCUAA